AUGGCAACCUCUGAAUCUGACGAGAUGAUAAGCUUCCGGGUGCCUCUUGCCCGCGCGGCGACGUCUCUGGACCGCUCGCUCUUCUCCAAAACCGUGAAGCUUGCGGCGGCGACUGUCAAGGACAACCGCAACAUCUCAAAGUAUCGCAAGCAGCUUGAAAAGUCCAAGGAGCUUCUAGAUCUGGACCGUCUGGACUCUUGCCGCUCUGACCCUGUAAAUACUGGUCUGAAGUGCCUCCUGUUGCGUCCAGCACCGACGACAUGGGGACCUGUGUUCCAGGAGGGUAUCAAGAGCGGCGAGCUGGAUGUCAUCCCGUAUGAGUUGCAGCUUGACUACGAUUACUGGAGCUAUCUCGACGUGAUGACCUCCAUCCUCCCUGAAGAACUUCACGUCGAAAUUCCCGUGGGUUUCAACACAGCCGGGCACGUUGCCCACCUCAACCUCCGGGACCGGUAUCUCCCCUACAAGAAGAUCAUCGCCGAGGUCAUCCUCGACAAGAACCCCAAAAUCCGCACCGUCAUCAACAAAGUCGACAACGUCGGCGACGAGUCCGAGUUUAGGACUUUCGGCUAUGAAGUUCUUAGUGGACCUGACGACAUGAACGUCGAGGUCAAGGAGAACGACUGCGUCUUCCAGUUCGACUACUCCAAAGUCUACUGGAACAGCAAGCUCGAGCCCGAACACACCAGGCUCAUCAAGAUGUUCCAGCCGGGUGAGGUGGUCGCCGAUGUAAUGGCUGGUAUUGGACCUUUCGCCGUACCGGCUGGAAAGAAGGGCGUCUUCGUCUUCGCCAACGACAUGAACCCCGAGAGCUUCAAGUACCUCAUUGCCGCCGUCGAGAAGAACAAGGUGUCACAAUACGUUCGACCCUACAACAUGGACGGCCGCAAGUUCAUCCAGGAGGCAGUCCACGAGGUCUACUCAGCCUCAACCCGCGGCGACGCCGCCGUCAUCAAACCAAAACAGUCCAGAAGCAAACCCCAAAACCCUCCCCCCGAGCCAAAACGCAUCCCCGUCCCGCCGACAAUCUCCCACUUCGUUAUGAACCUACCCGCCUCCGCCUACACCUUUGUACAUCACUACAAGGGCAUCUACGCGGGCCACGAGAAGCUCUUCGAGCCGCACACGUCGACCAAGCUGCCCAUGGUCCACGUCCACUGCUUCGCCCUCAAGUCCGACGACGAGGUGCCCCUGAACGACAUCCUCGACCGCGUCCACCAGGAGCUCGGCGUCCGCUUCAAGCUCGGCGACGCGGACAAGCAGGGCGAGAUGACAAUCUACGACGUCCGCGACGUCGCGCCCAAGAAGCGCAUGUUCUGCGCCAGCUUCCGCAUCCCCCCUGAAGUCGCCUUCGCCACGGACAGCUGA